AUGGGCCAGUACUAUGGGGGCCUCGGGCCCAUGACCAAUGCGGUCUUGUGGGCGGAGGUCGCGAUUUUCGCCAUCUUUGUCGGCCUAAGACUCUAUACGCGCAUAGCAAUUCUGAAUGCUGCUGGCGCCGAUGAUUAUCUCAUUAUAGUCGCGCUGGUUCUUCAAAUUCUUUACACCGUCUUCGUCACCGUGGCGACAUCCUACGGUCUCGGACGACUUUUCGCUGACGUUGGCAAUGCUGAAGUUUAUUGGACCGCUCUCAAAUAUGAAAUCUUCAGCCAGGUGGCCGGGCUCAUGGUCAUUGGUGUAGGGAAAUGCGCCGUUGGCGUCUUUCUUCUCCGGAUCGUACGAAAUAAGAUACAGACAGUUUUCAUCUGGGCCUUCAUGGCGGGGACCGUCUUCAUCACCCUCUUCGCUAGCAUCACCGUUGUCGUUCAGUGUAUUCCAGUUCAGAAAACAUGGAACCCCACUCUUCCUGGGACAUGCUGGCUUGAUUUCUCCAAGGUCGGCUUGACUGUUGGAUCUUGGUUUGUCGUCGCCGACUUCUCCUUUGCUAUUCUUCCUUGGUUUGUCAUCUGGGAUCUGAACAUGAAACGCAAGGAGAAGAUCACUGUUGCCCUAGGUCUCAGCCUCGGUGUUUUCGCUGGGAUCUGUGGGAUUGUACGCACCGUGGCUCUGAACAGCUUAAACGCACAAGAGUAUAUCCCAGAUGAUACCGUGCCCAUGCUUAUCUGGUCAGCUACCGAGAGUACCGUCACCAUCAUGUGCUCGUCAAUUCCCGUUCUACGACCACUGUAUGUUCGUAUCCGGUAUGGGAGCAAAGGCGACAGCUCUGGUACUGGUGGUAGCUCUUAUAAGCUACCAAUGUACGGCAACAAUAGUACGCGGAAGUACGGUCUUGGGUCAUCAGCGGGUAUUGAAGGGAAAGCUUCCACAACUCGCCAGGCAGUCAUAACCUACAAUAACGCAAGCGACGAGAGCAUACUACGAGAUACAAAGGAUCAGAAUGGCAUAGGUAGGGGGAUCAAGAGAACGGACGAGAUUUCAAUUAGGUAUACGCCAAACAGCGGGCAGGACCAGUAG